UCAGCUACAACGCUGGGAUCAGCGCUUGCGAGAAGGGCGAGCAGUGGCAGCGGGCUUUGGCGCUGCUGCGCGCGAUUCGCGAGGCGAAGCUGACGCCCUCAGCUACAACGCUGGAAUCAGCGCUUGCGAGAAGCGCGGGCAGUGGCAGCGGGCUUUGGCGCUGCUGCGCGAGAUUUGCGAGGCGAAGUUAGAACCUAGCGCCAUCUCUUCAGCUACAACGCUGGAAUCAGCGCUUGCGAGAAGCGCGGGCAGUGGCAGCGGGCUUUGGCGCUGCUGCGCGAGAUUCGCGAGGCCGUGCACACGUGCAGAAAGGCCCACCAGUUCGGCCGGGCGCCAGAGGUGCCCCGACGUGGAGGCGCACCAGGGGGACCUGAAGGUCGUGGUCGAAGUCCACGGGUUCGCCCUAGUCAGCUACAACGCUGGGAUCAGCGCUUGCGAGAAGGGCGAGCAGUGGCAGCGGGCUCUGGCGCUGCUGAGCGAGAUUCGCGAGGCGAAGCUGGAGCCCGACGUCAUCUUCAGCUACACCGCUGGGAUCAGCGCUUGCGAGAAGGGCAAGCAGUGGCAGCGGGCGCUGGCGCUGCUGAGCGAGAUUCGCGAGGCGAAGCUGCAGCCCAAUGUCAUCUGCUACAGCGCUGGGAUCACCGCUUGCGAGAGUGGCGAGCAGUGGCAGCAGGCUUUGGCGCUGCUGAGCGAGAUGCGCGAGGCGAAGGUGCAGCCCAAC